GUCCUUAACCUCACCGAGUACGCCAAGAUCGAGGAGCCAUCAUUCCGUAGCCUUAUGCUCGAAUUUUUCAGCUCCUUUGUUCUCGUCGAUGGGAACGAGUUCUUUACUUGUCGGCUCAAAGGGAGGGAGUACACUGUAGACGAUGACGUCAUGAAGAAGGUGUGCGUCGACCCUGAGCCCUACAAUUUUCACGACGCCAUAUAUCACGAGGACAAGACUACGAUGCGGUGUAUCAACUUCGCCGAGCUAAAAAAUGCCGAUCUCAUCAAGACCCGAACCACAGUUCAGCCAUAUACGAGUCGUCAUGCCUAUAAGACCUACUUCACGAGGCUUGGGCAAAGUGCCCCCACUACCGAUCAGCCAGGAUCAUCCCGCCAGCCGACUGAGACAGACGAGCAUGAGAGGAUGCUUGUGGAUGACGACCACCUCCUACCGGCUCCACCC